CGGAGGUGGAGAUGGAGAUUACCACGACAAGGAGCAUCGAAGCAUUUUGAAGCAACUACAUCCACCACGAGGCUUGCACAGAACAACCUUGCGAAACAGCGACCAACGAAUAGCAACAGCAACAGCAACAGCAGGCAGCAUCAGCAGAAGAAAUAGCAGCAACCCAACGAUGCCCACCCCCUCGAACAACGGCAACGGCGGCCGCGGCGGCGAAGAACCCGGCCGCGAUUCUCCACCGGAGACGUCCUGGUUCGACUCCCUCUUCGGGGGGACGGACGUCCGGGACGAGAUCCACGAGCAGCUGAACCGGUUCGACGAGCGAAAGAAGCGGUACGAGGAGGAACGGAGGCGGAUCUCGUCGUCCCCUUCGCUCUUUUCCCCCUUUUUCGUUUCUCCCGGGGAGCUCUUUGGUGCCCCCCCGCGGCGCGAAGGCGAACACGAAGGCCGGAGCGAGGAUCGGUUCGAACCCGGAGCCGGAGUUGACAUUCCGGGCCUUCCGCCCUCCCGCCGGAACCACGCCGAGAUCGACGAGAUCCACCGGGAGAUGCAGAGCUUCUUCGAGGCGGCCUUUGCCGGCAGCGGCAUCGUUUCCGACCACGAACCACCACCCAAGGACGGCAAGGGCGCCGGGCUCUGGGGAGGGAGCCACGGGAGGACCGCCGUGUCGUCGUCGUCGUCGUCCACCACCUUUGUUUCCAACGGGGCCUCGGUGCGGACGCAGCAGGAUUCGCGCAGGGGGGCGCGGAUCGACGUCGAGCUGCCGAAGCGGGACGCCCAAAAGGGCGGUGGCGUCGCGCUGGAGGUUCUGCGGGAGCGCCCCUGCGUCCUCCGGUGGAGGACCGGGGACGAUCCCGGGGACGAGGAAGACGACGACGACGCCGGGCGGAAGGGCCCUUUGGCGCCGUGGGACCGGCGGGCCCGGGACCUCCCGAGGGUGGUCGAGCUCGGGGACGCCAUCGACUGCUCCCGGAUCUCGGCGUCCCUCUCGGAGGCCAGGAACGUGCUGACGGUAGAGGCUCCCGUCCGCCGGAAGACGGACCGGGAGGAACCCCCGGAACGCGCUGCGGCGGCGCGGUCCCCGCGGUCCGUUCCGGUGUCGAGGAGGGAUUGAUCGAGCCGGCGACCGCCGCUGUUUCUGCCAUUGCCGCGGUCUGGAAGAGCGGCAAUCCGAGUCUUUCAUGGACCGGACGGGACCGGACUGCUCGCUCUAGAAAGCCGCACGCAGAAUUUGUCGACGCCGAUGCGUUGAACUGAAUUGUGGUGCCAAGAAUUCUUGCACAACACGUUCAAAGUGGUGUUCGUUUGGGUGGACAUUUUACGAGCAUGGCUCGCAUCACAUCGCAUCGCAUCGCAACUGGUGUGGCACUGCUCUCUUGGCGACAGUCCUUGCCACACCGGCAUCCCACUAGAAGAAAGCCCUAGCAAAGGAAUAAUCUUGUCAAAAACCGAUUCCGUAUUGUUCGCACUCCGUCUCCGUGGCGUUGUUUAGGGGAGAUGGCUUUGCAUCACCGUGAGCUGCCAAGAACCGGUAGACCGUGUCGUCCGCUAGAAGCCGUAGCUAGUUAAGUAGCACUAGUACUGUAACAUUUUUCAUCAUUAUUGUCCUUAUGGUUUUAUUGUAAAGCCGUUGACCAAAAGCAAAGUGUCAACGCGAUUAUCAUCGCAAUCCUCUAAUGAUAAAGAUACAUAUUUCUUGUGACGACACAUUUCUAAUUUCCAGUACGUACGUAUGUUCUACGGUACUUGGUUCUUCUCAUUUUACUGUAUCAAUCAAUAGUUCUAUAAUCGUGGCGUCGAAUGUCGAAUGGUCCGCGCGUGUACGAGUGCGAAAUGCUGAUAGGCUCUUUGCGGCGUGUACGGUCUAAGGUAGAGUUUUUAUGGUUACUAUAGUACAGUAUGAACAUAUGUUCUGGUGAGCAUGGAAGGAUCCAUCGGUCUUCUUUUUGUAUGAGACAUCGUAGUGACCAUUCAUCGCUUCGAAAUUCGAAUUUGAUGUCCACUAAAAAAAUAUUUAAAACUGUUAGUCAGCACUCGGCAUCUAACAUUAUGGCCAUCAGCCAUCAUGUCAGCCAUCAUCUGCGAACUUCAUGGAUCCACGUCUAUUCACGAGAAGCCUUUCCGAAUUCAAACUACGGUACGCUGGUUUUCUGCCGUUGCUGCCAUUCAAACCCAAAACAACAUUCUACAACAAUUCUGUUCUGAAGGAGCUACAAUCCUCUAGCUUCAAUCCCCUAAAAGCAGAAAGCAACAUCCUUCGUACAUAUACAUAAUCCAAAUGACUUCGUCAAAUAGCACGAAUUGCCACACAGGGCCACUUCCUUUCCACAAGCUGAUAGUUGCCGGAGUUUGUCUCUUUGUCUUGCUCCAUUCCUCCGGUCUAGUGAACUCGUUCGGAAUACACCACUAUCCGCCGCCGCCAACAUCAUCACAACUAUUGGAUGGAAACUCUCUUAAAUUAUCUCAACAAAAACGAAUAUUGCAACGCAGGAUAACACAGCGGAGGCGGCAGAUCUGCUAUAUUAGCAAUGACGAUACCGAUGAAACAGAAGACGACGAGUAUGACUCGAUGAUGGACUACGACGAUUCGGACGACGAUUUUGACGUUGCCGCCUUGAACAAACUAACGAUCCCCCAGCUCAAACAACAGCUGAGGCUCCGCGGAAUGAAGAUUUCUGGCAACAAGCAAGAAUUAAUCGACAGGCUUGCGGAGAAACAGACCGAAAGCGCCAAUGAACGCGUCGCUUCCAUGCUGGACGAGGAGGAAGGAGGAAAAUCAUCGCCCGGCACAAAAAGGAAAAUCCCAGAAACGAAGGCGCAGAAAUUUGCCAAGGAACAGGGGAAGGACUUUAUCGACGUCGAGGCCUUCCUGGACGAGGAGGACAAGGGCAAGGACGUGAAGACGUCCCUGCCGACCGAAGAACAGAAACGAAGCAAAGAAGACGAAGAGAACGCCCCCCUGAGCAAUMCGGAGGUCUGGGGAUCCGAUGCCAAAAUCGUAGACGAUUACGAGGGCCGAUCCCCCGUCGUCGAUGGCCUGAGUCGAACGAUAGUGGAGUAUACGGGGAGCAAUCAAACCGACAUCCAGGCCUACGUUGUGGCCAGCCGGGACGCCAUGAAACCCUUUCUAGAGGGCGGGAAAAACAGAACCAUCACCAACAGCGAUCCCCUCAAGCGGCUCCGGGAGAUCCAAUCCAAGCGAGAGCGGGCCGAGCGAAGGCCCACCCGCAUGGACGACGACCAGGGGCUGGACGAGGGAGACCCCGAAGGCAUCUACAAAGAUGCCAUAAACCGGGACUUUUCCGACUGGGGGGAAUUCACUGCAACGGGUGCCCAGCUUUCCGCUGAGGAGGUUCAGGGUGUCCUGAUUCUGAGCGAUGUCUACGGCCCCUUCACCGAGGCCACGAAAAACCUGGCCGAAAAGAUUGCCUUCGAAUGCCAACCGGUCGUUUGCAUGGUCCCGGAUCUGUUCCGCGGAAGGCCCUGGAGGGAGGACCUGACCACCCCCGGCUUCAACCAGGAGGGGCAGGACUACGAAACGUGGAGAGCGACACACGACGACCUUCGCAUCAGCGUGGACAUCCGUGCCUCGGCCGCGAUUCUACGAGAGCAGUACGGGGUGAGCUCGCUCGUCGUAUGGGGGACCUGCUUUGGCGGGGGACGCGCUCUCGAGAUCGCCGCGGGGUACCUCCCGCGCGGUCAGAUCCACGACGUCGACGGGACCAUCGGCCCGGUGCCGGUGCGGCCAGAGGUGGUGGUGGCCUGGUAUCCCACACGGUACAACGCCAACCUGCUGUUUGGGAAAGACCGGACGGAGCAGCUCAGGAUCUGCGAGGAGCCCGGGCGAAACUUCGCGGUCAUGGGGGUCUUUGCGGGAAAAGACACUCUGGAGGGAGCGACCCCCGGCGAUGCCGAGAAACUCAAGUCGCUGCUGGGAGAGGAUGACCGCAUCAAGGACCACAUGAUCAAGGUGUUCCCGGACCAGGAACACGGCUUUGCCCACAACAUCUACGGAAGGAACCAGGACGAAACCGAACUAGAUCGGUUCGUCGACGAAGAAUUCGGUGGUGCCGGUCGGGUCACGGUGAACGACGGAGAUGCGGACGUUGCUUGCUUGUUGUCGACCGCGUUCAUGGAAACCUACUCGAGAAAGUUCUUGCCGACCACCGGUUCCCCCGUAGCGGAGGACGAAGCAGAGUUCCAGUGGAACUCCGAGCUGAACAUGAAGGAUCUUUCCGUGGAAAAUGUACGCGACGUGCGGACAGAAAUCGACGAUUCCUUACGGAACCACGAAGACCUUCCGCUCGGGGGGAAGUACAUCGAUCCGGGAGACGAAGAAGCACAGGACGAACUGUUCAAAGCACUGCAGGCAAUGCAAGAUCCCAAUUCGGAGUCGGAAUUCAAGAUCAACGACGACGACAACCUAGAGACAGCCUACGCAAAACUCAUUGCGAGCGAUGAAGAUUUUCAAAUAUUUUAAUAUUUUUAAGAUGUUGUCUAUUGUAGCUACGA